AAAACUUUUUGUAUUUUGACAAAUCUGUCAUUGUUUCAUUGUUGUGUUUUGUUGCCAAAAGAGAACGUCAUUUGAAAAAUUCAUCGUAAAUUUCGUAAAGAAUUUUCUGUUGAAAAGUGAACCUGGACCGCGGUGUCAUACACGAGCAAAAGUUGCGAUAGGAGGACUAUUUGAACACAAGUUAUUAAUGGAAUAAAAUUAGUGAAUGCGUGCGCACGGAGCCGGCCAGCUGAGAACAGAUCAAAUUUAGGGUACAUACGUAAGAGUGUACUUCAAUAUUAGAACCCAACACAAUUUUUGACUGCUUUGGGGCCCUUUUGCAACCAUGGCGCACUGUAUGCGAGUUUUGCAUCGCCAGGGGGGCAAGGCCAGCAGUGUUUUGCUGACCGAAAUCCAAAUAAGAUGCUUCCAUAUAUCUCCACUGGCUGCGGCCGCUUCCAAAGUGGCAAUGAGCAAAUUCGACAAGGAUGGACUCCCCUAUGAUAAACUUAUGAAAAAUCUCGAAAUUGUUAAAAAGAGGUUAAACCGGCCUCUGAGCCUUUCGGAAAAAGUACUCUAUUCCCAUCUGGACGACCCACAAAAUCAGGAUAUUGAGCGUGGAAAGUCUUAUUUGCGAUUACGUCCGGAUCGCGUGGCCAUGCAAGAUGCCACGGCCCAAAUGGCUAUGUUACAAUUCAUCUCUAGUGGUUUGAAACGCGUCGCCGUCCCAUCGACUAUCCAUUGUGAUCACUUGAUCGAAGCCCAAGUGGGGGGCACGAAAGACUUAGCCCGCGCUAAAGACCUCAACCAGGAAGUUUAUAGUUUCCUAAGCAGCGCUGGUAACAAAUACGGCGUCGGUUUCUGGAAACCGGGCUCCGGAAUCAUCCAUCAAAUCAUCCUCGAAAACUACGCUUUUCCCGGCCUUCUCAUGAUCGGUACCGACUCGCACACCCCCAACGGCGGCGGUUUGGGUGGUUUAUGCAUCGGUGUGGGCGGCGCCGACGCUGUCGACGUCAUGGCGAGCAUCCCCUGGGAACUCAAAUGUCCCAAUGUGAUCGGUGUCAAACUUACUGGAAAGCUGGGAGGCUGGACUUCCCCCAAGGACAUCAUUCUCAAAGUGGCCGAUAUUUUGACGGUCAAAGGUGGCACUGGUGCAAUUGUUGAGUAUUUCGGGCCUGGAGUUGACGCGAUUUCGUGCACCGGAAUGGCGACGAUUUGUAAUAUGGGGGCCGAAAUUGGGGCCACAACCUCGGUGUUCCCUUAUAAUAGUCGCAUGAGUGACUAUUUGAAGGCCACGAAAAGGGGCGAAAUUGCCGGAGAGGCCGAUAAAGUCAAAAGUGUGCUUUUGAAUCCCGAUGAAGGCUGCAAGUAUGAUCAGGUGAUUGAGAUUAAUCUGGAUACGCUUGAACCGCAUGUCAAUGGGCCGUUUACGCCCGAUUUGGCUAAUCCCAUUAGUAAAUUGGGAGAUGCGGCGAAGAAAAAUGGAUGGCCGGUUGAUAUUAGAGUCGGUUUGAUUGGGUCUUGUACUAAUAGUUCGUAUGAGGAUAUGGGGAGAUGUGCGAGUAUUGUUAAAGAGGCGAUGAAUCACGGAUUGAAAUCGAAGAUUCCGUUUAAUGUCACGCCUGGAUCGGAACAGAUUAGGGCCACGAUCGAGAGGGACGGAAUCGCGAAGACGUUGAGGGAUUUCGGAGGCACGGUAUUAGCCAACGCUUGUGGUCCUUGCAUCGGUCAAUGGGACCGCAAAGACGUGAAAAAGGGCGAAAAGAACACAAUCGUAACUUCGUACAAUCGUAAUUUCACCGGUCGUAACGACGCUAAUCCUGCGACACACGCUUUCGUCACAUCACCGGAAUUGGUAACAGCUCUUAGCAUCGCCGGCCGAUUGGACUUUGACCCCACUAAAGAUGAAUUGACUGGAAGUGAUGGCAAAAAAUUCAAAUUGAGUUCACCCUUCGGUGAUGAACUACCAACCAAAGGGUUUGAUCCUGGCCAAGACACCUAUGAAGCCCCUGUAGCUGACGGUAGCACCGUUAAGGUUGAUGUCAGCCCGAAAUCACAGAGAUUGCAAUUGUUGGAACCGUUCGAUAAGUGGAACGGAAAGGAUUUAGAAGAUUUGGUUGUUUUGAUCAAAGUCAAAGGGAAGUGCACCACAGAUCAUAUUUCAGCUGCUGGUCCUUGGUUGAAAUACAGAGGACAUCUUGAUAAUAUCUCCAACAACAUGUUUAUUGGUGCCACUAAUGCAGAGAACGGUGAGAUGAACAAAAUCAAGAACCAGUUGACUGGGGAAUGGGGCGCAGUCCCCGACGUGGCACGUCACUACAAGGCUAAUAAAAUAGGGUGGGUUGCGAUCGGUGAUGACAACUACGGGGAGGGAAGUUCCCGCGAGCACGCCGCUUUGGAACCGAGACAUUUAGGUGGCAGGGCUAUCAUUGUCAAGUCCUUUGCACGGAUCCACGAAACCAAUCUCAAAAAACAAGGGCUUUUGCCAUUGACGUUCUCAAAUCCCAGUGAUUACGAUAAGAUUCAACCUACCGAUAAAAUUAGUCUUAAAGGUCUCGCGAAUUUAGCUCCAGGGAAACAGGUCGAAUGUGAGAUUAAACAUGCCGAUGGAAAAGUCGAGAAAAUUUUACUCAAUCAUUCACUUAAUGAUUUGCAAAUUGGGUGGUUCAAGGCCGGAAGUGCACUCAAUAGAAUGAAGGAGUUGGCAGCGAAGGCGUAAAUAGAGUUUUUUUGUUUUCAUGAUAUUGUCACGAUUUAGAAACACUUGAGGUACUUUUGUAUUAUCCGAUUGUAGAGUCACUGUUUCAAUUGUGCUGUACAUAGUUUUUAUUUCUUUUUCAAAUUUUUUUGUGCAAAUCUAUUUAAUAAAACAUUUGACAAUAAACGA